AUGCUGUAUGAUAAUCAUAUUUCCACAUCGAAAUACAAUUUAGUUACAUUUUUACCAAAAAAUCUUUUUGAACAAUUUCGUCGUUUAGCAAAUGCUUAUUUUUUAUUUUUACUUUGUCUACAGCUUAUACCACAAAUUAGUUCUCUUCAACCGGUCACGACAAUUUUACCACUUGUAUUUGUAUUAGCGUUAACAGCUAUUAAAGACGCGUCAGAUGAUAUCUCAAGACAUCGAAGUGAUAGGCAAGUUAAUAAUCGUCCUACUAAUGUUCUUAUUGAUGGAAACCUCGUGGAAGAAAUAUGGGCAAAAAUCAAGGUGGGCGAUAUGAUUAAACUUUCAAACAAUGAUUUUGUGACGGCAGAUUUAGUGCUUAUAUCAACCAGUGAGCCGCAUGGUUUGUGUUUUAUUGAAACAGCUGAAUUAGAUGGUGAAACAAACCUCAAAAAUCGUAAUUCUUUAGAAGAAACAUGUGAACUAAAAGAUAAUAUAGAAGAACUAGCUAAAUUCGAUGCUGAAAUUGAAUAUGAAGCACCGACUAAUAAUUUAGGCCGUUUUGAAGGUAAUUUAAAAUGGCAAAAUAAAACUUAUCCAUUAAAAAAUGAUAAUAUUCUACUGCGUGGUUGUCGAUUAAGAAAUACUCCAUGGGCAUUUGGAAUUGUAUGUUAUGCGGGCGCUGAUACAAAACUAAUGAAAAACAGUGGUAAAGCAAAAUUUAAACGAACAAAAAUCGAUCAUUUACUAAAUCGCAUCAUUCUUGGUAUUUUUUCAUUUUUACUAAUUAUGUGUGCUAUAAUGACAAUUUGUUGUGGUUUUUGGGAAUCAUUUGUUGGAUAUAAUUUUCGUAUUUAUUUGCCAUGGGAAAACUAUAUUAAAGAUGAUCAACGUAUUGGUGCUUUAGAAAAAAGUUUACUUGUAUUUUUAUCCUAUAUUAUUAUAUUGAACACUGUUGUACCUAUAUCACUCUAUGUUAGUGUCGAAUUUAUCCGUUUACUACAAUCAAAAUGGAUUGAUUGGGAUAUUAAAAUGUAUUAUGAACCUAAUAAUGUACCAGCUCAAGCGCGUACAACAACUCUUAAUGAAGAACUUGGACAAAUUGAAUACAUAUUCUCAGAUAAAACUGGAACUUUGACGCAGAAUAUCAUGACGUUUAAUAAAUGUUCUAUACGUAAUAAACUUUAUGGUUAUGUAAUGGAUGAAGCUGGUAAUGAAAUUCAAGAUCCAGAGAAAAUCAAACCAAUUCAAUUUAAAGAAGCUGACGAGGAGUUUGUCUGGUACGAUCAAAAAUUGGUAGAUGCAAUUAAACAAGGAGAUAGUGAAGUAAACGAAUUUUUUAUAGUAUUAGCCCUAUGUCAUACGGUGAUGCCAGAAAAAAAAGAUGAUAAAAUUAUUUAUCAAGCACAAUCACCAGAUGAAAAUGCUCUAGUAUCAGCAGCAAGAACAUUUGGUUAUACGUUCAAGGCGCGUACUUCAAAUACAAUAACAGCAGAAAUACAAGGUAAAGAAGAAAAUUACGAGUUACUAAAUAUUCUUGAUUUUAAUAAUGAUCGUAAACGAAUGUCGGUUAUUGUGAGGAAAGAUGGAAAAGUAAUGCUUUAUUGUAAAGGUGCUGAUUCUAAAAUAAAAGAACGAUUAGAUCAAUCGGAAAAUCAAAUUAUGCAAGAAACAGACGAACAUUUAAAUAAAUUUGCCAACGAUGGUCUAAGAACAUUGUGUCUUGCAUAUAAAGAAUUAAGUGAUGCUGAUUAUGAAGCAUGGAAUAGAAAAUAUUAUCAAGCAAGUACAAGCAUGGAAAAACGUGACGAUAAAGUAAAUGAUACAUAUGAAGAAAUAGAAACAAAUUUAAAAUUGCUUGGUGCUACUGCUAUUGAAGAUAAACUACAAGAUGGUGUACCCGAUUGUAUUGCUCGUUUAGCAAAAGCUGGAAUUAAAAUAUGGGUGUUAACGGGAGAUAAAGUUGAAACAGCCUAUAAUAUUGGUUUAUCAUGUCGUUUAUUAAAUAAUGAUAUGGAUAUUAAAAUAUUAGAGGAUGAAAAUGAAAAUGAUUUUGCUCAAAGAUUAGAACAAGUUCGAAAUGAAAUGAUUGAUAAAAUUGAACAAUUAUUUCAUGUUAAAAUUGAAGAUCGAAAAAAACGUUUAGAUUGGAAAGAUUGGGGCAUUGAUACAAUGAAAUUUGAUCAACAUCGAAAAGAUACAAAUGAAAAUAAUGCAGAUCAUCGAGGUAAUGGACAAACAACCUUGCAUCAAGGUGGAAAUAAUCGAGAGGAAUUCGAUGGUUUCGGUCUAUUAAUUACGGGACAAGCAUUAGUAUUUGGUCUAAGUGACAAAUUAAAAUUGAAACUACUUGAAUUGGGUACAAUGUGUAAAGCUGUCGUUUGUUGUCGAGUAACACCAUUACAAAAAGCACAAGUUGUGGAAUUAGUUAUUGAAAACGAAAAAAAAAUUACAUUAGCUAUUGGAGAUGGCGCCAAUGAUGUUUCUAUGAUUCAAAAAGCUCAUAUUGGAGUUGGUAUUAGUGGACAAGAAGGACGACAAGCCGUUUUAGCCAGUGAUUUUAGUUUUGGCCAAUUUCGUUAUUUGGAACGUUUAUUACUCGUACAUGGACGUUGGUCAUAUCUUCGUAUAAGCAAAUUUUUAAGAUAUUUUUUUUAUAAAAACUUUGCAUUCACACUGUGUCAUUUUUGGUUUGCCUUUUUUUCCGGAUUUUCUGCUCAGACAAUAUAUGAUCCAUUUUUUGUUGCCACAUAUAACGUAUUUUUUUCGUCAUUACCCGUAUUGGCACUGGGCAUAUUUGAUCAAGAUGUGAGUGCUGAUCAUUCUAUGAGCAAACCCUAUUUAUAUACACCCGGUCAAAAUAAUGAAUUUUUUAAUAAGAAAAUAUUUGCUGAAAGUGUUAUUCAUGGCAUAUUGACAUCGUGUGUUAUAUUUUUUGUUCCUUACUUAUCCGUUUCCAAUAGUACACGACCAGCUGGUAUGACACAGGCUGAUUUACAAAGUUUUGGAUUUAUGGUUGCCACAAUUAUGGUUAUUGUUGUUAAUCUUGAAAACGCACUUGAAAUGUGGUAUUGGACGGGUUUAUAUCAUUUUGUAUUAUGGGGGACAGUUGUUGUCCAUUUUCUGUUCCAUUUUGCAUUGUACAGCACAAUUAUUUGGAAAAUUUUUAAUACAAAUUAUACUUAUGUGGGGGUAUCGCAGGCCGUACUAUCAACGGGAAACUUUUGGUUUACUUUAUUUCUUACUUGUGUUAUACUAUUGUUACCUGUAUUUUGUAGAGAAUUUUUUCGUAUGCGUUUUAUGCCUAAUAAGACAGAUAAAGCUCGCCUUAAUCAAAAAUAUCGUUUUGACGAAAAAGCAGCUUUUGUUGCUCAUAUAAAACAGAAAUUAAGACAAAGCAAACGUUCAAUCAGAUCUGGUUAUGCAUUUUCUCAACAGGUAAGCUUACACGAAGGUUGGGGUCCAUUGAUUACUUCUGGUCGUAUGAUGAGUCGUCGUACGAUGAAUAAUACUACAUCUGGAACAAUUUCAAGUCCAUCAUCAACCAGUCCUCAGUCAGUUUCAAUCAAUUAUGAUUCUCCAUCACAAUUAUUGGAUGGUGACCGAUAUAAUAAUGAAAAUUAUAAUACUCAGUCAGCAAGUAGUGCAGAAAUAAAUACAACCGAAACAGAAACAAUACCAAGACGUACAACAAUCUACAUCGUUAUUGGCAAACAGAUUAUUCCAAACAAAAAGAUGGCAUUUUGGCGCGGUGGUUCAUUAUUUACUACAACCUCAUCCGGAACUGUGACUGGACAAGAAACAAUUGAACGAUUAUGUGAUCGUUUACAAUCAGCAACACGUAUUGAAGAUAGACGAGAUGCUGUUCGAGCUUUAAAAGCAUUAUCAAAGAAAUGCAAACUAGAAGUAGGAACGCAAAGUAUGCAUUUGCUUGCCCAAGUACUUCAAGGAGACCGAACUGAUUUGGAUAUAAUACAAUUAGCGCUGGAUGCAUUAGCCAAUGUAAUGACAUAUGAACCGGGAAAUGAAGAAGAACAAGCUAGUCUUCCUACUGAUAUCACUGCUCAAUUCACAGAAGUCUUUAUCAAAAACAAAGAGCACGUUCAUGCUGUACUAGACUUAUUAGAGGAAUUUGACUUCAAUAUUCGUCGAUCAGCGAUUAAAUUUUUAACAUCGUUACUAACAAAUUGUCCAAAAGAAUUACAAGACAUAAUAUUAGAAAGUGGACCAAUGGGUGUAUCGAAAUUAAUCGAUCUGUUACAAGAUCAACGUGAAGUUAUCAGAAAUGAUACAUUACUUUUGUUACAAAUUUUAACGCGUGCGAAUGCAAAUAUACAAAAGAUUGUUGCAUUUGAAAAUGGUUUUGAACGUUUAUAUGAGAUUUUAGUCAGCGAAGGUGGAAGUGAAGGAGUUGUGACUGUUGAAGACUGUUUGACAGUGUUACUAAAUUUAUUAAAAAAUAAUUCAUCAAAUCAAAGUUAUUUUCGUGAAGGUUCAUAUAUUCAACGUUUAGUACAAUUUUUUGAAUUAAGUUCUAUCGGUGAUAAACGAUGGUCAGCACAAAAAGUAUCAAAUGUUCAUUUAUUUCUACAGACAAUUCGUACAUUAGUUUCACCAACCAAUUCAAAUCAGAAUACCGUAGCUUGUCAACGUGUAGUUAGUCAAUGCGGAUUACUUCACCGCCUGUGUGUGAUGUUAACACUGAGCACGAUUCCUGCUGAUGUCCUCGCUGAGACUAUAAACACGAUUGGCGAUGUUGUACGAGGUAAUAGUGAAAAUCAACAAUUUUUGGGAUCCGUAAUGAAUAACACAAACGAAGUACAACAACCCGUUUUAUUAAACUUAUUGUACACAAUGAUAGCCGGUGAAAAACAAUCAUUCCAAUUGCGAAUCUCUAUAUUAUACUGUUUACAGUGUUAUUUAUAUAAAAAUGAUACUGGAAAAUCCCUUAUUGUUCAAACUCUGUUGCCACAAUCUGAAAAUGCUGCUAAUCAGUAUACACUUGGUCAUUUAUUAAUUAUUGGUUAUUUGAGUAAAGAUGUUGUGUCAUCAUGGUGUUCUGGUAUAGCAUUAAGUCAUCUCAUUGCCGAUAGUCAACAAUUUAAAGAAUCAAUAUUAAAAGUUAUACUAGCCGUUGAUCAACAGCACGCAGGUGCUAAAACACUUAUGGAAUUAUCCAUGGAUUUAUUACAAAAUACCACAUCAUCUUUUAAUACACGUUUAGCCGUACUUAUAUUUCUUUGUACAUGGUUGUCAAAUUGUUCAUUAUCUGUGGAAAAUUUUUUGUCUAUACAAAAUAGUGUAGCCUAUCUCAUAUCACAAAUAUGUUCUCAUUCGACUAAUGAUGAACGUGAACAAUUAAUUCAAAGUUUAUGUGCAUUUGCUUUUGGUUUAUGUUUGGUAUUUAACAAUAAUCGAGUACAAUCAUAUACAACGGAAAGUCUCGAACGUAUUAUUAAUAAACGAAUUGGAAUUGAUUUAUUUCAAGAAAAAUUGGAAUCAUUGUCAAAAUCUGAAUAUUAUGCAAAAGCUCUACAACGUCCCCAAUUAAAAUUGACGAAUGCAAAUGAAAUGACAUUAGAUUUUGAAUUUGCUCGUUUGUAUAAAACAUUAGAAGGUUCAAUAACAAAUAUGUUAACAAUGAAAACAGAUGGUAUUCAUCAUGUGAAUAAUACUAGUGAACAUUUAUCAUUACAUCAGACUAAUCAAACACGCGAUCAACAAACAACAGCCAUCAUGACACAUUAUAAAGAUUUGAUACGACAACAAGAUGAUGAAUUAAAUAAUUAUAAACAUACACAAAAACAAUUGUUAAACGAUAAUGAAUUGUAUAAAAAACGUAUCAAUGAUGUAGAACAAACUUUACAAGAAGUGAAAGAUCAAUAUUCCUUAUUGAAAAUUAUGUCCGGAAAAGGUACUGAAUCAAAUAGUGAAUUAAGCGAAUUACGCACACUAUGUGAGCAACAAAAGAUGGAAUUAGAACAGCUACGAUCAACGAAUAAUCAAACAUCUAUCGACCAACAACAACGUAAUUAUCAUCCAACUAUGACUGCUGAAAAUGGUGUUGACCAACAAUCGCAUUCAGAAAACGAUGAAAAUAACAAUAAUCGCGAGAAUGAACGAAUGCAAGUGUCUGAACGUGCAUCAUUCACUGCUAAAAUUAACGAAUUACAAGAAAAGUUAAAUGUUUUUGAUGAACGUUGUUCCGCUCAAACAGAUGAAAUUAGCCGUUUACAACAUGAUAAUGGUAUAUUACAAGAAAAAAUUGCUAAUGAAAAGAGAAAAGUAUCGAUAUUAGAAAGUUUAGAAGGCCAAGUUCAAUCGUUAAUGGAUGAAAAAUGUCGUUUAGAAAAUGAAUAUGUUAAAUUGAAUAAUGAUUAUAAACAAAACGUACAGGAACAAAAUGAUUUAUUAGUGUUGUGUUCAACAUACGAAGAUCAAUUGACAACGUGUAGAAAUUUAAUAAAAAAUGCAGGACUAACGAUGCCAGAAUUUCUUCUUGAUUUAGAGAAUGAUGAUCUGGCAAAGGGUGAUUAA